AUGUUGCUGUCUACAGUUUCACGGCUACUUGCGGCACCAUUGUUCCCAGCGCUUUCCACCUUAGCGCAAUGGCCAAUUCAGUUUCUUUUCAGCAAUGCCUUCACCUGGCCACACAAGUCAGCCGAUGCGAACUACGACUAUGUCGUGGUGGGCGCGGGUACAGCUGGAAUGACGAUUGCGGCUCGCCUGGCCCAAGCAGGGUUUCAAGUCGCCUUGGUGGAGGCUGGGGGUUACUACGAGUCCGCCAAUCCAAUCUCGCAAAUCCCGGGCGCUGCGACAGUGGGAAUCGGGGCCAACAUAGAUACUGCAACCUCGGUAGACUGGAAGUUUGUUGCUCGAGAGGUACCGGGAGCAAAUCAUCGUGAUAUCCAUUACCCUCGCGGCAAAUGUCUCGGGGGAUCCUGGGUGCGUCGGGCCCUAACUGCCGUCGGCAUAGAAGAAGUGCAAGACUUUAAUGGCGGCUCCAUUAUGGGACAUCAGUUCUGUACCAUGUCGAUUCGCCCCGCAGAUGAAUCGAGGAGCAGCUCAGAGUCCGCAUUUCUACAACCUCCUCAUAAUUUGGACUCUUUGAUGAUCUACCAAGGUACACUAGCGACGAAGAUUCUCUUUGACCUUGGCAAUCGCGCAACAGGAAUCAAGGUUCAACAACAGACGCAGGAAUUCACCUUGACUGCAGGACGUGAGGUUAUCGUGUCUGCGGGCGCCUUUCAAUCCCCACAAUUACUGAUGGUCUCGGGGAUUGGACCCGCUGAUGUUUUGCACAAGUUUGCUAUUAAGCCCAUUGUGACUCUUCCUGGGGUGGGCCAGAACAUGUGGGACCAUGUUUUCUUCGGUCCCUCGUACGAAGUAUCAGUGGAUACAUUUACUCAUAUGGCUCAGGACCCAAUAUUUCUGGCUAGUCAAGUAUUCGCUUAUAUGAUGUAUCGAGAUGGAAUGUUGACAAAUCCAUCCACUGACUAUCUCGCUUUCGAAAAACUCCCCGGUGACUAUCGAUCAAACUUCUCAGCACAAGACGAAUCUCAACUUUCAUGGUUCCCCAGAUAUUGGCCCGAAGUCGAGUAUCUCGCAGGAUCAGCAUUUGUUGGGAACUUUUCAAACCCUUUCGCACAACAGCCGUCAGUUGGCAAAUAUGCUUCCAUCAUUGCCAGCAUAGUCGCACCCACCUCUCGCGGGAAUGUGACGAUUCAAUCGGCACAUAUGGCAGAUCCGCCCGUUAUCAAUCCAAAUUGGCUAAAUACUGAAACAGAUCAGAAAGUGGCUGUCGCAGCAUACAGGCGGAUACGAGAUACUUUUAGCACUCAGGCGAUGGAACCGAUACUUAUUGGCCCGGAGUAUUUCCCUGGCGUCGGAUAUCAGACGGACGAAGAAAUCUUGAACGUAAUCAAAAAUACGAUGAUGACUAUCUACCAUGCCUCCUGUACAUGCAAGAUGGGCACUCGAGGCGACAGGAUGGCCGUCGUUGACAAUCGAGCAAGACUCUUCGGAGUAACUGGGUUGCGAGUUGUGGAUGCCAGUGCGUUCCCACUUCUUCCGCCCGGCCAUCCCCAAUCAGUAGUUUAUAUGCUGGCCGAGAAGAUUGCCGCUGAUAUUCUUGAUGCCUGA